CUAGAUACAACAGAUAACUGUGACAGAUGUUUCCUUGAAUAGUGGGAGGAGACAAUUUGCUUUCAGUGUUUUUUAGGCUGGAAAUUCGUUGCUGAGCUUAUUCCUCUGAAAGAAAGAGAAAGAGAAAGAGCUACCAGAAAGAGGCUCAUCCUGAAAAGUAAAAGAUUGCUGCAUUUCAUCUUCCUAUAGAAGAUAGUGCUCAGAAAAAUGACUUCAACUACGAAAUAUUGGAACGCAUUUGGCUUUUUCUUCAUUGUUCUCAAUUAUAAUGUGACCAUUGUAGGAAAGAUUUGGUUAAGCUACAUGGCCCUGAUGAGACUGAUGGUGAUCUUGUUUGGAGCAUACCCUGUCUAUGACGAUGAAUUGACCGCUCUCGUGUGCAACACUGAAGAGUCAGGAUGCUCAAGCAUGUGCUAUGAUGCUAUCAUUACAAUCUCUCAAGUUCGCUUCUGGUUCUUUGAGUUUGUGUCUGUUCUGAUCCCUAUUGCAGUGUUUGUUAUGUGUAUCUUGCAUAGUGUGGUCAAGCAAGUGGUGAAGAUCUAUUCUUACCCUUGCACUUAUUGCAAACAGACCAAAAUAUCCACUAUCUUCAGAGGUGCAGAAACAAUCUUCAAUGAUGCUGAAAAGAGCAGAAUCUCAUGUGCUGCCCAUGAAUUGGCAAUUCCUGAUUUCUCACGGGGCUAUGCAAUUCAGCUCUUUGUGAGGUUAAUGAUAGAAGUUGGUUUCAGAAUUAGCAGUUAUUGUUUGUUUGGUUUCUUUGUUGAGAAAUUCUACAAUUGUAUUGAGGAACCUUGCCCAGGUAAAAUAACCUGCUAUAUACCCAGGUCAUCUGAAAAAUCUGCCAUGAUUAUCUUGCUGUGGAUUGUCAGUGGUUUCUCCUUAACUCUUGGCCUGGUUGACCUGUUUGUGGCUAUAAAAGGUUGCAGGAAUAAACGGCGUGAUGCCAGCACAGCGGAGAUAUGCAGGAGCCGCGUGCACAGAGAACCAAGACCAAGAGGAGAUGUGUUCAGCCUGGGAAACAUCGCCAUUGCUGAAGAUUUUAGCAAUCUUCCCAAGAAAACCUACAAAAAGGAACGUCACCCUGCAAAAGAUUUCAGUUGCUAAAAUCUUAAAUCUGCAUUGAGCUGAGAAAACCAUGCAUGCAUUAUCCUUUCAUUUACAAACCAUAUAUAUCUUUUUGGAGCAUUUAACUCUUUUAUUAACAUGCACACAUAUAUGUAUGAGUGUAUGGGUAUUUAUAUCUUCAUCUAUAUCUACAUAUAAAACAUUACAAUUUAGAUUUAAUUCUCAGCUCAGGUUUGAAAUCUUUAUUGCAGAACAAAUACUGUGAUGCAACCUGCAGACAGAUUAAAUUGCUUUUUGCUUAUCAUACUUUUAUUUUUAUUAACAUGCACAUACAUAAACAUGUAUGUGUCUCAAUAUCCAUAUCCAUAUUACAUAUAAAACAUUACAACAAUGACUUCAAUAUUAAGCAACUAGCUCAAAGUUAGGAGCUUUUAUUAGGCAAUAAAUAUCUGGUAGGGUUUUUUAAAUUAUUGUUGUAAUACUCUCUUAACAUCGGUAUCAUAAACUGUAAUCCACACUGUACAACUGCUUUAUUCUUUUUGUUAUCUCUAAUGCUCAAAGUUAUCUAAACAGUAGAACAUCAUUAAUAUCAAUCAAUCCUGUACUAAUAUCAUUGUAUCACGUCAAUAUAAUGUAUUACCAUUUACACACAAAAAAACAAUAAAACGUGCAAAAUUUU